GUGGCUUGUGUGUUAGGGGGAAAGUCGUUUGAGGAGUCUCUUGGGCGCGCGGGUCGCGGAAGACAUCGGUCGCACUUGAUUUUUUCCUUCCAGCGAGUUUGUCUUGCCCUGAAUUACGUGCUUAGACCGCUUAGUCCUGCAUUAGACGUGGCGUAUUCAGCCAUGGCUACUAUCCGCAGCGUUCUAUCCGCUCAGGCAGGAGCGCAGCAGAUCAGCUUCUCUGCCACGUGUCAACGCACCGGGCAGCGCCAGGUAGCCACGCCAACGGCUAGUUUCUCGCGUAGCCCCGCCUUCCGUGCGUCCGCCGCUUCCCCCUCCGCGCUCCCCUCCGUCUUCCUCGGCCAGCAGGACUCUCUCCGCUUGCGCAAGGCCUCCCCCUCCGCCGUCUCCCCCUCCGCGCCCCGCCGGCGAGUCUCCCCCGUGAGAGCCGCGGAUGGCGACAGCGACGUGCCCGCGUUCAAGGGCUUUCCGCCGAUGCAGACGCGCCCCGCGUGGUACUGGCGAAUCCUGGCCGUCGUUCCGUACCUGCUGCCGCUCUGCGAGGCGUGGAUCUACAGCGAAACGGCGCAGUCGCUCUUCCAUUUUCUGUUCACCUACGAGCAGCUCUGUCAGCCGUUCCUGAUGCUCCUGGGUCUCCUCCCAUCCUGGUUCAUGCUGGCUUACUUCUUCGGAGCGUACCUCGGGGUUGUCAGGAACAACCGGUGGCCGCAUUUCCUGCGGUUCCACGUAGUUACCGGGAUGCUUCUGGAGAUUAUUCUCCAGGUGAUCGGGACGCUGAAUGAUUGGAUUCCCAAGUCCGUGUAUUGGGGGAAGAUCGGCUCGCACUUCUGGCUCGCUAUUGCGGUCGCGUUUAUCUUCAUCGUGCUCGAGUGCAUCUGGUGCGCGAUCCGCGGGACGUACGCUGACGUGCCGUUCAUCUCAGACGCAGCGUACAUGCAGAUCCCGUACGAGUGAAGGCGUACGAAUUCAGGGGAACGGAAGGGGAGGUCCGUACGAGUGAAGAGGUAGGAGGUCAGAGACGAGGGGUUCCGUACACGCAGAUUCCUCAUCAUACCCAUUUGCGGUAUUUGUGGGACACGCAGAGGACUAUACUAGGCGGAAAGUAAUGAUUCUGCUGUUAGGACUUCUAGCUCUUCAUACCUGGUUUCGCCAAAUUCUAGAUCCUUUCUUGGCCUCUCUGGCUGGCCUCUUGGCCUCUUUGACUGGUCUUAUCAGUAACUAUGCUAAACGACAAGUUUUCAUAGCUUGCUUCACAACCCCCGUUAGUCCCUGUUGCCCCGAUUACAGCAGGAUAUCGUCAUGCUAUAGGAGCCUU